UCACGUGCGUCAGAGGCAACACGUUUCGAGGAUACACAGCGCAGCAAUCCAUCUUCAAACGCUCAGUACAUUGACGAGUUGCAGGUCACUUUUCUCUGCAUCCAUCCACCACGUCGUUCCGCAGACUUUUCUCCAGAGUUGUGUGCUACUCCAACAUGGGGAAAAGAAGCAGGCAGCGACAGAAAAACCAGACUGCUGGCAGGGACGACAGAGACAACGCUGGCUGGGGAGCUGGCUAUGCUGACAUUGUCAAGGAGAAUAAGCUGUUUGAGCACUACUACAAGGAACUAGGCCUAGUGCCUGAAGGAGAGUUUGAACAGUUUAUGGAGGCCAUGAGGGAACCGUUGCCAGCAACCAUCCGCAUCACUGGGUACAAGAGCCAUGCUAAGGAAAUCCUCCACUGUCUGAAGGAAAAAUACUUUAAGGAUAUUCAAGAGCUGGAGAUCGAUGGUCAGAAGACUGAGGCUCCACAGGCUCUGAGCUGGUAUCCUGAUGAGCAGGCCUGGCACACCAACAUGAGCAGGAAGAUCAUCAGGAAGUCACCCCUGCUGGAGAAGUUCCACCAGUUUUUGGUCAGCGAGACAGAGUCUGGUAACAUCAGCCGACAGGAAGCUGUCAGUAUGAUCCCUCCUCUCCUCCUGAAGAUUGAGUCCCACCACAAGAUUCUGGACAUGUGCGCAGCUCCAGGGUCGAAGACAGCCCAGCUGAUUGAGAUGCUCCAUGCUGACAUGGACGUGCCGUUUCCAGAGGGCUUUGUCAUUGCCAACGACGUGGACAACAAACGCUGCUACCUGCUUGUGCACCAAGCCAAGCGCCUCAACAGCCCCUGCAUCAUGGUGGUCAACCACGACGCCUCCUGCAUCCCCACACUCAAGAUCGACUCAGAUGGCAAGAAGGACAUCCUCUUCUACGACCGCAUCCUGUGUGACGUACCCUGCAGCGGGGACGGCACCAUGAGGAAGAACAUAGACGUGUGGAAGAAAUGGACGACUAGCAACAGCCUGCACCUCCACGGGCUCCAGCUGCGCAUCGCAGUGCGCGGUGUUGAACAGCUGGCUGUGGGAGGGAGGAUGGUGUACUCCACCUGUUCACUCAACCCUAUAGAGGACGAAGCUGUCAUCGCAGCACUGCUGGAGAAGAGCGAAGGAUCGUUGGAGCUGGCUGACAGCUCAUCUGAUCUGCCAGGGCUGAAAUGGAUGCCUGGGGUCACUUCCUGGAAGCUGAUGACCAAGGAGGGCCAGUGGUACUCUGACUGGUCCGAAGUUCCAAGCAGUCGUCACACACAGAUCCGCCCAACCAUGUUUCCGCCAAAAGACCCUGAGAAACUUGCUAGCCUGCAUCUGGAGAGAUGUAUGAGGAUUCUGCCACAUCACCAGAACACUGGAGGUUUCUUUGUGGCUGUGCUGGUGAAAAAAGCACCGAUGCCUUGGAACAAAAGAUAUCCCAAGCUGAGGAGGGACGUCCCGUCCAUCUCAGCGGCCCAGCCUGAAGGCUCCCCAGAGGCCUCGACCCCCGCAGACACUGCCGUGGAGGAGGGAGAGGGGGGAGGCCCAGAGGGAAAAAUAGACGGGGAUGCAGAAGAGGAGGCACCCAAAGGAGCUUCCUUGGCCCAGGAGACAAGCGCUAAACAAGACGGAGUAUGUGGGCCUCCAGCCUCUAAGAAGAUGAGGCUGUUUGGUUAUAAAGAGGACCCCUUUGUGUUCCUUACUGAAGAUGACCCCGUCUUCACCACCAUACAAUCUUUCUAUGAUCUGUCAUCCAACUUCCCCAAGCUCAAUGUUCUGACAAGGACCCACGAGGGCAAGAAGAGACACCUGUACAUGGUGUCCAAAGAGCUCCGCAACGUGCUGCUCAAUAACAGCGAGCGUAUGAAGGUCGUUAACACAGGGGUGAAGGUGUGGUCUCGCAACAGUGAUGGAGAGGAGUUUGGCUGUGCCUUCAGACUGGCUCAGGAGGGUAUCUACACUCUUCAGCCGUACAUUCGCUCCAGGAUAAUCCGAGUGAGUGUGGAGGAUAUCAAAGUGCUGCUGACCCAGGAGAACCCCUUCCUCAGCAAACUGGAGGACGACGCUCACGCUCAGGCCAAGAAAAUGGUUAUGGGUAGCAUUGUGUUGAAGUACAUUCCCAACCCAAAUAACCCAUCGGAGCCUCAGUGUCCCAUCCAGCUGUGUGGCUGGAGGGGGAAGACAUCCAUCCGAGCCUUUGUCCCCCGCAAUGAGAGGUUUCAUUACCUCAGAUUGUUAGGCGUGGAGGUGUUCAGGGACAAACAGGGCCAGGGGCAGAAACGGAGGGAUGAAGAAAAGGAGGGUAAGGUGGAGGAUGAGGUGGAAAAGGACGCAGUGGAGGAAGGGCAGGCGGAAAUUGAGGCAGAGGUGGACUCUGAGAACGGUGAUAAAAACCAAUCAUCAGAACCAAAGCCCGGCAGCGGCAACAAGGGGACUAGCAGCUGAGAAUCAAGAGGAGACAAUAGAGACAAAGGAGGAUUGACUGAAACGUAUUGGAGCUCUAAUAACUGGUGACGAGGUCAGAGACCACAUUUUGCGGUAGAGGAGGGUGACGUGCCUCCUAUGGGUUUCUCCGUUUACCACACUGCCACUGCAGAAGAAUUCCUUCCUAGAGAUGGACUCCCUUGGGAUACUAAAUGUUUCAAUCCCCUCCAGGUGUCAGCUUUUUAGUUAUAUCGGUUAUCUUAUUUUAUUUGGUUGUUUUUUUAUUUUAUAUUUUAACAAGAUUUAUUCCACUGACCAAGUGACAUCAGUUUUAUUUCAGUUGCUCAUGUUCAGAGAGGUUUAUAUGAACUGCCAUCUCAUUUUCUACACUUGUAAUUAAGCAGAUAUAUGGAGUUGAUUAAAAGUGUUAAAGGUUAA